AUUAGAGAAGUGCGGGGCGAAGUUCAAAGAAAACACCAAGUUAGAGUGGUGAGAGUUCCAAUGGUGAACCCCCCGAUCCUGACCGCGCUCACCACGCGAUUCAGCUACGGCCUCAUCUUCGCCUUUGGCCGCUUGCGCGACUUCUUCUGCAGGAUCCUCGACGCCGCCAAAUCCAGCAACCUCAAGGGUUACGCGCCCAUUUGCUGUGGGUACGAGGAUUUCUACUGGCGCCGCGUCCACCUCCGCAUGCAGGACUGCUUCGAUCGCCCCGUUGCUAGUGCGCCAGAUGCUUGGCUGGAUCUAGUCGAGCGUAACUCAAAUGACUGUAACAAGACACUCCAACAUAGCGCGGAAACGUCCAGGUGUCUUAACUUGGGUUCCUACAACUACCUUGGUUUUGCUGCAGCAGAUGAGUACUGCACCCCACGUGUGAUCGAGUCGCUCAAAAAGUACUCUGCCAGUACUUGCAGUGCUCGAGUUGAUGGAGAGGAAGUAGUUCCUUGUCACUAUACACUACAUGGAUGA